UUCCAGACAACCCGGAACCUCAGCCCGGGAGGGUAAAGGCGAGGGAAGGAGUAUAACGUUGUACCGUUUUCCGGUGCCGCACGUGGAAAGUGCUCGGGUUCGGUGGUGCAGCGGCUGGUUGGACGGAUAGUGGUGGUCGGCGUUUGUAACCGAAUUGCUUUAUUGUGUGUGAGAAGAAGAUAUCUAUAAUAAAAUAAAAUGGUCUUCUUUACCUGUAAUGGAUGUGGAGAGUCUGUUAAGAAAGCUCAAGUGGAAAAACAUUUUAAUAUCUGUCGGAGCUGCUCGUGUUUGUCAUGCAUUGACUGUGGCAAGGACUUCCGGGGAAAUGAUUAUAAAUCCCAUACAAAAUGCAUUACAGAAGAUCAGAAGUAUGGUGGGAAAGGGUUUGAAGCCAAAGCCAAAAAGGGAGAUGUGAAACAACAACAGUGGAUACAGAAAAUUCAUGAAGCAAUGAAAGACUCAAAAGUUAGUCCAAGGGUGCGUGAAAUUUUAGAGCUAAUAAGUUCUUCUGAGAACAUACCACAAAAGAAGGCCAAAUUUCAGAACUGGAUGAAAAAUAGUUUGAGGAUCAAAAAUGAGGCUCUGCAGGAACAGGUGUGGGAGAUCUUUGCUGCUGCUGUCAGCAAAGAUAAAAACAGCCAGCAACAAAAUCAGAAACACAUUCGGAACGGUAAAGGUCCUUCAGAACUGGUAGAAGCAAACUCGGAUCAGGUCCCUGUAGCAGAAAAUAAUGAGAAGAUAAAAAACAAGUGGGAAAGAAAAGAAAGGAAAAAUAAAUCCAAAAAACAAAAGAAACACUUAGAGGAUGAAAAUUGUUUGGAUCAUAAACCAGAUCACAAAACAAAUCAGUUGGAAGAGAAACAGAAGAAAAAAUCUAAAAAACGGCAUAACAGAGGUGAAGCCCAUGCGGUAGAAGAAAAUGGCACUGACAUACAGGGGAUCCAGCAGCAGGAUGGUGAAAACUUACACAGCAACAUGAAGUGCAGGAAACGUAAGCAUGCAAAAUCAUCUAGUGAAGGUGAACCCAAAUCUAAGGAGAAGAAAGUUGAAAUUACAGAAACUAAAGAAGUGGAAGAAAAUGAUGAGACAAAGCCAGGGAAAUUCAACUGGAAAAAAACAAUCAAGAUGGUUCUACGGCAGUCUCCAGAGCAAGAAAUUUCAAUUAAAAAGUUAAGAAAAAAGGUUCUAUCCCAGUACUAUACUGAAAUUGGUGAUAGUAACUACAAAUCUGAAGAAGAACUCCAAGCAACUUUUAUCAAAAAGAUAAACUGUAACCCCAAAUUUAAAGUACUGAAGGAUAAAGUGAAACUUUUAAAGUAACAUCUGGAAUGGACUGUUUUACAUUAGUUAAUCAAUGACUGGACCACAUGCAAACAGAACAUAAAGUUAUUCUGCCUCUAUAAUUGGAGUUAACAAUAUUUGUUCUGCUGUCUGAUGUUGAAUUUAUAAUUUUGAAAUCAGGUGACCACUGGAUCUUCGUUGUGACAUGGAGAUGCUCUACUCUAAUAAAAUUAGCUAUUUUUACAUAUGGUGACAGACCAUGACUCCCUCCCAGUCUUGCAAUUAAUGGCCUGGUUUUGGAAAUCUUGGCAUUUUUCCCCACUUAAUACUGA